GCUAUCCGUCUGUCUGUCAGUCUGUGUGCUUCUGUGCUGCCGGGUGACAGAGAGGUAGCAGACCUUCCAUACAGAACCAUGAAGACCAAACAACCCUUUUUGAAAAAGAAUGUGGAAAUACCCAAAGGAAAGGAAAUGGAUGUACAAAACAUCAAAAACUGGCUAGUGCACCAACCGCACCUACCGAAACUUACAGACGCACACAUAGUCAUGUUCCUACACAGUUGUUACUACUCCGGCGAGAGAACCAAGGAAACUAUAGACAACUACUACACGGUCAGAGCUCAGUGUCUAGAUCUGUUUGGAGGCAGAGACUGGCCUAGACUUGAGAAACUAUGGAAGUCCUUGUACCUGAUGGCACCUCUCCCCAAGUCUACGCCCGAGGGAUAUCGUAUUUUGGUCUACCGCCUGGCCGACACUGACCCAUCCAAAUUCAACUUUCAGGAAGCGUUGACGGCGUUCUUUGCGUACAAUGAUGUUCGUAUCUCAGAAGAUGGUCUAGUGGAAGGUUACAUUGUAGUGUUUGACAUGAAGGGCGCCACUAUAGGACAUCUGGCUAGAGUGUCUACAUGUAUGCAUCUAGUACGCAAGUUUAUGGUCUACAUCCAGGAUUGCCACCCUGUUAGACUGAAAGGUGUCCACGUCAUCAACACAGUGUCAUUCAUAGACAGUUGUCUGGGAUUGGUCAAACCAUUCAUACAAUCCGGCCUCAUGCAGCUGAUCCACCUCCAUUCUGAUCUCAAGACGCUAGAGAAGUUCUUUCCUCUGGAGCUGCUUCCUUCAGACUAUGGUGGAAUGGCUCCCGACACAGUCACUCUUGCUGAUGAACACAUGAAGUUGGUCGCCAAGAACUACAAAGAUUGGCUGAAGGACUCGGAGAAGAGCAUUGCAGAUUUAAAACGAAGAAUCGGCAAACCAAAGAACCAAAUAAUGGAACUAGAAGGUUCCUUCAAAACUUUGGAAAUUGAUUAGCACGUAAUUUAUUGUAAAUAUUUCAUGUUAUUUUUCGUAUCUUUAAUAUUACUUCAGGACAGUUUAUGUGCAAGAACCAACUAUGAACUAAAUGCUCAACUUUUUAGACAUGCAUUUUAGGUUAUUGUUUUAUAUUGUACAGUACAUGUUUUUGAAAGUUACGUGUUAAAAAUACGUUUGCAGGCUGAAGUUUCAGUGGGUGUUAAAUGUGACAAAAAUAAGAAUUAUGAAUGUUUACUAUGGUUAGAAAGAAUUCUAAGUCCUAUUUAUAUCUAAAGACCAAAAAUAAAUAAUUUAUAUACCUAA